UGUCACUCUGAUGGUCUCUGCACUGUCAUACAUAGCCUGGAGGUUACCAGGACAGCAAGAGACAAGAACUAGUGCAUGAACGGAGAAGACAGUUUGUGGGAUCCUCACAUUAUCCAGCUGAUUUCUUACGGCUUAUGAAAAUGAAUAACUCAGGUGAACCCUAUCUGAAUGUCCAGGCCAUUUGUUCCAAAGUAGGGAUUGUUCGCUUGCUGCAACUCCUGUUUGGAUGUACCACCUUCAGCCUGGUUCUCCACAAAGCUGGAUUCAGUGCUGCCUAUGGAACGUUCUGUGUCUUUGUAUGGUGCUUCUGUUUCGCUAUCACCACCCUAAUUAUUGUAUGUGAUCUUACACGACUGCAGUCAUGCCUUCGCAAUCUGUCCUGGGGCAACUUCACUGCAGCCUUUGCUAUGCUGGCUGCCCUUAUGACCCUCACGGCAUCUGUCAUUUAUCCACUGUACUUCGUCACACUGAACUGCUCCUCAACGGACUGUGUAACCAGGAAUCACCGUCUUGCGGUCAGCAUCUGUGCAGUGCUUUUGUUCCUGGUCUAUGCGGUGGAGGUGUUCCUGACACGUGCCAGGCCUAGGAUGCCCUCGAGCUACAUGGCAACAGCAGCUGGCUUGCUGAAAGUUGUUCAGGCUUUUGUAGCCUGUGUGAUAUUUGGAGCUCUAGCAACAGAGAGUCAGUACAAGAGGUACAUAGCCACUCAGUGGUGUGUGGCUGUGUACAGCUUCUGCUUUGCAGUGACAGUGGUAGUGAUAAUACUAAAUGUCACCGGACGGGCAGCCACCUUACACUGCCCAUUUGAACGCUUUGUGGUGAUAUACACAUUGGUAGCAAUAUUGAUGUACAUGAGUGCUGCUGUCAUCUGGCCGGUCUUCUGUUUUGAUUCAAAAUAUGGGUCACCAUCGAGACCCUCACGAUGCUCUUGGGGACGAUGCCCAUGGGACAGUCAACUGGUGGUCACCAUUUUCACACAUAUAAACCUGGUGCUGUACAUUGCGGACUUGCUUUACUCACAGAGACUGCGAUUUGUGACUCAACAUUAAGGUGGAGCAAACAUUUAAACACAAAACCACCUGGGGACCAGCAGUGUUAUGUAUUUAGUACUGUGUCACCAAAUCAGGCCUACACUGACACUUCUGUUUCCUAAUUCACCGAACACAUGUAAGGGAGAGCUGUAUAAAAGUACUGUCACAAUCAGGACUGACGUAAAAAAUAUACAUAGAGGUAAUUUUGUAUUCUGUAGUAAAUUGUCAAAAAUGUGAUACUAAAGCAAUAUUUUUUUUAUAUAUAAUUUUUCAAAAAAUGUACCGUAUAUACUGUAAGUUACUAGGAUAUUAGGAGAGAUGAUCCGUGACUAUUUAUAUAUAUAUAUAUGUGUAUAUAUAUAUAUAUAUAUAUAUAUAUUUACUUAUUAAUAAUGUAUUUAUUAACAGUUUCUUGUAUAGCGCAGCAAAUUCCAUUGUGCUUUAUAAUUGGUAAUAAUGAUAAAAUAAAACUGGGUAAUUACAAACAGUCAUGGAGGUAGGAAGGUCCUGCUCGCAAGCUUACAAUCUAUAAAAACAUAUAUAUAUAUAUAUAUAUAUAUAUAUAUAUAUAUAUAUAUAUAUAUGUAUAUAUAUAUA